CUCCACCCCUCUGCAUCUGUGAAGUGUAGCGGAGGAUCGCAGGCAGUCACAGCAGCACCGGACCGGUAUGGUAUAUGUGUGGUACACAUCGCAGUGCGCACUGCAGCUCUCCAGCCUCACUGGCACUAUUCUCUGUGAUCAUCUCUAAAUACGGCAUGUUGUUUGAGCGCUGCUGGGAGCUUGAGGAACCUGCGCUGAUCAUAUAAACUCGAGAGCGGAGAAACAGCUGAUCCGCGGAUGGUCGUCUGAGGCAACAAUCACCGGAGCCAACAAGUGUUCAGCCUCUGCAGUGAGGUGCAUCUGGUCGAUGAAGGCGACUCAUCAUUGUGAUGUAUAAUGGCUCCUGCGCUGAGUGCUAUGUUGGGGUCAGGGGCCGUGGGGUCAGAGGUCGCGGGGGCGGCGGCGCUGGCUAAAGGGGAGCUGGCACUUGUAGGCACGUUCACUGCACUCACGGCUUUCCUGCUGCUCUCUGUUCUGCUGCUCCUGUGUGCAAGCUGCCAGGGGCAGAAAAAAGGGGGGCCGCCAGGAGACCAUGAAAACCUGAUGAAUGGGGUGUCAGAAAAGGAAGUAUGUAGCCAGUCAGUAGAGAGCCAUGGCACUGACUUGGCGGUUAGCACCUCUCAUAAUGGGCCUCUUACCAGUGGUACAGUACUAUCAGACACAAUGGACACAAGUCCCCAGCCUUCCGAAGACAUGCUGUCCAGCCAAUCAGAGAUCAGAUCCUCUAAGUAUCACCAGGACCGUGAAUUACCCAGCAUUCCACCCACCGAUACCCUCAAAGCAGCCAUUGAUGCUCAAGUUCCCUCAGGAGAAGGCACGUACGAGGUGGUGAAGGACAGCGCCUCCCGUGAUGUCAGUGUCGAGGAUUGCCUAUACGAGACGGUGAAGGAACUCAAGGACAUUGGCCUCCCCAACGGUACGCUAAGCCCAGAGGAACCACCUGCACCUCUUCUUAAUGGCCACCCGAGCCCUGCUACACCAGACUACAACAUGCUGCCCAAUGGUGUGGAGUAUGCCUCCGUCAACCUCAGCAAGAAGAGCCGCUACAGCACUGACAUGGAGGCCCGGCGCUCGGCCGCCAUUGUGAAUUUCGAAGAGCCUGAGGACGAAAAACCACCUCCGGUACCAGACAAAGUACUGGAUGAGAAUGAAAACCAGCAGAUUCUGAAUGGACAGUUACACUCCCCACUGACAACUCCAAAGCUUCAGGACAACGCGUCUCCAGACAGUGAGUCAUCAGACAUGUACUCAAAGGUAGUGAAGAAUGCUGUAAAGGAAACUGAGAACGACUACAGCAGCAUUGGAGAGAUCAAGGGAAUGGUGCCGGAGUCGACUUCCAGUGAUCUUUAUGCCACAGUUGGGGAAGAAUACCCAAUGGCACUUGGCUCCGAGCCUCUGGAGGGGCUUACUGAGAAUGCAGACCCUGGGUACGAGGCCAUCAAGAUCUCCAAAGCAUCUGAAGACGCUCAUCAGGGCAGCGGGAUCAUGGAACCCGACUAUGAGAGUGUAGGGGAUCUGGGUCUCAACGGGGAGAUCUCCCGUCUCUGACCACCCAUGUAAGGGACUGUGGACAGUGAGAAAUCAAUUCUUUGAGGUUUAGAAGUGGAGGUUGGGGUGGUAUCAUGAGUAUAAUGCACUUAACCUUUCCUGAUUGAAUGUUUUUAAGCAUAGCAUUUAUGCACCGCAUUGUUUUUGAAUAUUAUAAAUGAAAGAGUUCCUUCAGACCUGUGACCCAGCACAGGAAAUGAAACUAGAAUCUAGAGUUGCUCAGAAGAGGGUUUGUUAUGCUAUUCAUGUGAAUAUUUGGGUACCACAAACCCAAGGUGCCCCUUUUAUAUCAGCUGUGCCCAUUGCCAUCAUUUAUGACGGAUAUGUUCCCACCAAUUUGCCAUGGCCUAAUUUCUCCCCACACAUAUCUUGCAGUAGGGAUUUAUAUCUAAUACAGAAGUGGCAUCUCCAUUUGUUGAGCAGGAGAAACUAUUCGGUUGCUAGCAUUUGUUAUUUUGAAUGUUUUGGUAGGCAUUCAAUCUGAGCAACAGUUGAUCUCCAAUACACACGCCUGCUUUAAUCACUUUCCACAGCUUGUUCCCGUUCUAGUGAAAUAACAAAACAAAAUGCUAACAAAUGUGUUCCACUAUUGAUAUCAACUAAUGUACAGCUGUAUUUAUGGUUUAUUAAGGGGAACCCCGAGUGUUAAGACUUAUAUGGCUUAUAAGUAACGGAAAUGGUGUCUCUUACUGAAAUAUGUAGAAGAAAACCCAUGAAAGAUUUAUGUUAUUUAAAAAAUCUUCAACAUUUUAUACAUAUUUUGGACUAUGGUGGGCAUCAUUAUUUCGAUGAUAUGAAAUGGUUGCACUCGGUGUGCUACUGGCGCUAACUGUUGCUAUUUUUACCGUGACACAACUCGAAAAAAUAAAAUACAGAUACGAUGCCACAUUGUGCGGAUUUUGGUUGGAAUUUUCAGUCGAAGGGCGAGAAGAGAAGCGACUGCUUUUCCUAGAGAUAAGACGAGGAGAAAAGACUGGGAAAAUACCUGUGGAUGAAAACACUUCCUGAAGACCUGCGUCUUUGUUCUCUCUACUUUAGUCCUGAUGUCUUUAAGGCUUUUAGUAGACCACAGCUACUGAAGGAGCUUACAAACGGCAGAGACGAGAAACGCUAGAUGCCAUCCUGGCAGGAUAUAAACAUGCCACUGAAGGAGUCUCUCAGCGCGAAUUUCACUCGAUAUUCAGUGGCAUGUAGACUCCUUUUGGGGAAAAUCGAUGGUACGACAAUUGGUUUAAGUCUACGUUUAUAUUCAAUGCCACCUAUAAGCUCUAUCAGUAGCUGUGGUCAUCAUAUUUUCCAAGUUAUGUUGCAGUAAAAAUAGGAACAAGUAGCACCAGUACACUAUAAAAAAAUCUUUUAAAACGUUGUUUCAACUUAAUAUAAUUUGUUACACCACUGACUUAAAAUGUUCAGUUUAGUGAACUUUAAGUUUUAAGUUACUUAAUGUUAAUUUAAGAGAAAACUGCAAUAUUUUUGUUGACUAAACUAAAAAUUUUAAGUCAGCAAAUAAUAACAAAUUAUUUUUUUUUUUUUUUUACAGUGUAGCUCACAGAGUGCAAUCAUUUCACGUCAUAAUGGCGCCCCCAUAGUCCAAAAUAUGUAUAAAAUGAUGUGGAUUUUUUAAAUAACGUAAAUCUAUCGUGGGUUUUCUGCUACAUAUUUCAGUAAGAGACAUUGUUUGUGUUAUAUUAAGCCAUACAAGUCUUAAUACCUGGGGUUUCCUUUAAAAAAAAGAACCCAAAACCCCACAAAGGGAUAUUUUUCCUAGACCAAAGAUUAAAAAUGAGCAUAUCUAUAUGUAUAUUAAGCAAGAAAAACUGCUACAUUGAGAAUUUAGCAACACAAAUGUGACUGAAAUUAGUUUAAAUGAUGUUAAGACAUAUAUAAUGCUAAUGUCAUUUUAGAUUUGAUAAAAUAUGCUACUACACACUUAAUCAGUAUAUCACAUGGACUACUUAUCAGUUUAAUUAUCUUUGCAUAUCCUAAUUAACAUACAUGACAUAACAAGCAGCACAUCUGUGUAACCUCCUUCCCAAAUGUCUCCACCACUUUUCUAAACAAAGUGACACCAAUGGCUGCGCUCUUACAAGAAAUAUUUUAUUCAUAAUGUGUACAAGUAGUUUCUACGCUUUUGCACACUGCACCUGCUGCGAACUCCACUCUGCCUGCCUGCUUUCACGUGAUAGUAGUUGAGCAACUGACAGAGUCGUGUCCUGAUAUAACCCAGAGAAGAGAACCAAUCAGAUUCUGUAAACAACAGACCUCUCAGCUCAGUCCAUUAAGGAACUACACUCAUUUUAAUCAUUCAGAACUGCUGGAGCAUUUAGUUUCAUAAGUAGUAAGCAAGCCAAUCGCACAUAACGCAUAUCAAAAUAUAAAAGAGGAACGUUUAAAUGUAGCCAUCAUUCUGAGCUAUUUAACAUGUUUUAUAUGCAAUGUGUCCAAUCACAGGCUCUGGUGAGGAAGUGACCUUUUAGGUACGCAACGUUAAGCACACUCAUUUAUGAGUGUACUAAAAGGGUAUUAACAAAAUUUGGUUUAUCUAUUGCUGGUGUGAGCUCAGAUCCUUUCAAGUGUUCACUUAUUGUCAUUUGUGAUGUAUAUGAGCUAUGUUAUAUCAGAAUGUAUGUGUGAAUUUUUUUUAUUGACGCAGCUGUAUUGAUCGAGUAUAUUAUAUAUUUCAGAUAUUGUUUGGUUUUUACAUGUAAUAGGUACGCAACAUUUCAAAAAGCACAGGGGAAAAGAGACAUCAUGGUACUGCAGCUUUGCCUGGCAGCUUAGAAAAUAUACUUUAUUAUCAGGUAUGCAUUUAACUGCUUUUACAUUCAUGUAGCAGUAUAAUCAAAAAGCAUAGCGCAUCCAGACGCUGCAUGGGACAACUUCAUGCCAAGAGACACUUGUAAAUAUUGAAAAGACUAUUUUGUUCUGUUAAAUUUUGUCAAUGUUGAAGUAUGGUUCUGUAAUAAUUGGCAGCAGCUUUUAAAAGACAGCACGUGGAACUUUUAAAGUUUGUCUGCACUGAGGAACUAAUGAAAAUUUAAGAAUCAGUGGAACACAUGCUGUUUUCUCGAUGCAUUUUCAAUUAAAGAAAGUUUAAAGGAGGUUUAUUAACGUUUAAAAGGCUAAUAACAGGAAUAUGUAUUGCUUUGGAGUACUUUAGCACUAUUUAAAAUGUAAGGUUUAAUUACGAUCUGUGGAUGGAGUCCAAAUGUUGUCCGUGUUUGCUUGUAAUGGUACGUUGUGAUGGUACAGGUUCCAUAUUAAGAAGAUCCUUGUUUUAUUUAAUAUCAUGGUGAAACAUUGAACAUUUGAUUUCUCCCUCUAACCAAAUCCUGUGUAUUUAGUUGUAAAUAAGAAUGAAUUUUGCAUUUAUUUCAUCAUAAUCUUUGUAUUGUGGUAUUUGCUUAUUAAACAAUAUAGUCAUGCAGGACUAAUAAUUAAA